AUGGGAGAUUCACGUUCACCAACAAAAGACUCCUACAGCAUCCUUGGAAUCACCAAGACUGCAACCAUUAAAGAUAUGUGUAAGGCAUACAAAUCACUUGUUACAAAAUGGAAUCCCGAUAAGAACCCAUCAAACAAGACCGAAGCCGAUGCCAAAUUCAAAGAAAUCAAGGAAGCCUACAAGGUCCUCAAUGAAAGGAAGUUGGAAGAUUUACUUGCAAAUGAAGACGACCCUACAACCACGGCAGGAGCUCAUUCUCACCAUAAAAGUGUGGAUGAUAUUGGUUUCUUUUCUCGUCGAUCCUCGUUUCUCUCUAGGACUUCAAGCCGGAGAAGUCAGACGCCGACCCCAACCCGAUCAUACCUUUCAAGAUCUCAAAGCAAGAGCAGCUCUACAACACCAAGAAUGCAAUCAACACCUGCAACACCAACAUCCACCACAAAAUUUUCUACGUCACCAACAUCAACAACAGAAUCGUCUACUAAAAGAGCUUCCGAGUCUCGAUCAAAAAGCACAAGUCGCAGGAGCGCGUCUGAGAUUCCUAGCGUUCUGUCAAGAAAUGCAAGCAGAAGGAGCACCACACCGAUUAUAUUCUCUCAAUCGACUGCCCGGAGGAAACCUCCUCCCGUUGAGAAGACGCUGGAAUGCACGCUUGAGGAUUUGUGCUUUGGCUGUGUCAAAAGGAUCAAUAUCACCAAAGAUGUUAUCAUGGAUCCCGGGAUCAUUGUCAAAGAGCAUGAGGUACUAAAGAUAAACAUACAACCAGGAUGGAAGAAAGGGACAAAGAUAACAUUCGAGGGCAAAGGCGAUGAGAGACCAGGCAACCUCCCACCCGAUAUAAUAUUCUCAAUAGAUGAGGAAAGACAUCCAUUGUUUAAGAGGGAUGGAGAUGACUUAGAGCUGAAGCUUCAGAUCCCCUUGGUGAAGGCUCUCACUGGUUGCUCCCUUACGGUUCCUCUAUUAGGAGGGGAGAAUAUGAACCUGUCCUUUGAUGACAUUCUAUAUCCAGGAUAUGAGAAGGUCAUUCCAGGACAAGGCAUGCCAAUCAACACAGAUGAAGAGAAGAGAGGAGAUCUUCGAAUAAAGUUUCUAGUCGAUUUUCCAAUGCAUUUGAGCCGAAAACAACGGUCCCAAGCUCAUGCAAUUUUGAGACAGUGUACAUGAUAAGCACAGUUCAAUUCUACAAAAUCAUAUUGUAAAUAUAUACAUAUAGCAAAAUACUUUCAUAUUUUUGAAAGCCACAUGAGCA